GUUAACGAUGUCGACUAUUGGCUUUCCACUCCUGAACCAAAGCCAGCAACACAAACACCAUCAGAGUCUCUGGUAUGUUCACAUUUUUUGUGAAAGGCGUACAUACUAUCUUCUCAAAAUCAUUUCACCAAGCCUAUUUGAUAUUUAUAUUCGUAUACCACUUACCAAAUACAAUUUUUCUAUCUUUUUAUAGAAAAAUGAGGUAAAACCAGAUUUACCUGAACCACCGGUAUCAGUAGCAGUGGAAACACCAAAAUCCUCAAAAGUAAGUCCUCGUUCAUUUAGAGUAAGUCUUCGUUCAGUCCUUAUCAUUUAUAGACCCUCCGCUCGGGGGAUUUGGCGAAAUAUUACCCGAAUUUAUCACGUCGGGUAAUAUUUCGCCGAAUCCCCCGAGCCAAGACGGAAGGGUCUAUAAAUGAUAUAUUAUACCGAAAAUUAAAAGCCUCCAAGUUGAGAAUAUAAAACUUGCCAUGCACAUACAUUCAUGAAUACGAUGUUAAAUUAACAGAUGUUUUAUUUUUUUAUUAACGCACUUCAAGUAUUUGUCACUUUUCUUUUGAAUCACAUAUCGUUUGGAAUAUUCAUGAUAACUUUUUCAAAAUUUGCAUCAAAAUUUUCAAAAAAACGAGCUUUUUGAAGUUUAAAAACUUAAUAAUUCAUCACUCUUUAGUAUGUUUUGUCGGCCAUCUUGUUUGCGUGAUCGCCGCGCGUGGUUUACGCGAAUCAUGUCACCUGGGUGAUAUGAUUGAAAUCACCCGCUGCGUCAAGUACAAUGACGUAAGGCGUGAUUCGAUAAUAAAUUUCUUGCUCACGUGGCACAAACUUAGAUUUCUGAUUGGACACUUUGAAUUUGAGGUAUAUAUUAAUAUAUUCACUACUUUGGAGCACACGUUGAAUAUUUAACAAAUAUAAAACAUUUUCCGUGUUGAUAUACAGUUAUAUCAACACGAGUGGAAAUUGGGAAAACGAGAAAUUGUGUGGAAACACGACGCCCGAAGGGCGGAGUGUUUUCACACAAUUUCGAGUUUUCCCAACUUCCACGAGUGUUGAUAUAACUAUAUAUCAAUACGGAAAAAAUGUUUUAUAUUUGUUUUAUAAUAUAGCAAUGUCAAAAGCCCGAAGAAUAAGAAAAAUUUCCGUGUUUACAAGCGGCGGAAAAUUUCCCGUGUUGACAUGGAGUUAUAUCAACACGGCUCUUAGCCAAUCAGCGUUCAGAAUUUACAAAUACUAUAUUAUAAUGAGUAUUGUAAAAUAUUUGAUAUUUUAUUGGAUUGAAGCUUUUUACAAAAAUCUACUUGUCAUGUUAUGUUGCUUUUUUUACUGUAACGAAAAGGUGCAUCUUUAAUUUAUCAAGCGGGAAGAGGGUCCAGGCAAUCGUAGCAUCCGAGAUAGACAUAAAUAAAUUGGAUCAAUAAAUUGAUGGGGUUUUUUGUAGAUGCAAUUUUCGAAUGUAAAUUUCUUUAUGACUAGUAGCAGUUCUAGGCCUUCUGGCAGGAAUGGAACCUGCGGCCCUAUGAACCUGAACGCUCACCAAAAUAGUACUGUAGACCAGAUUCCUCUCAAAGAGCCUAUAAUUAGCCUUUCUCACGAUGGCCAAAUUCGCCAUUUUUGGGGUACUUUUUUUUAAAAACGACGUGAAAAAUUUUUUUCAAAAAUUUGACUGUAAAUUAACUUAUUAUACUCGCAAUUAUAGUUAUACAGGGUGUCAAAAGAAAAACGCUAUGGAAAUUCAACAGGCUGUCAUGCAUCAUAAACGUGGCUAAACAAUUCAAUUUUUACAUAGGACGAAAGAACAGUUAUUUAGCUUUUGAAUGAUACUCUUUUUAAAUCGUAACGAUGAGAAAUGGCCACAUACUCGUCAAAUAGAAAUUGCCGGUCGAAAUCACAUUCUUCCAUUGUUGGGAAUUGCAUGGAAAUGAAUGCAUAAACAAUUCCCAAGAGGGAAUUAAAAUUGAAUGUUAAAUUAUCUAAAAUAAAUUCAACUCGUCAAUCUUCGUCUUAGUGAGACCACAAGAACGUCCAUUAUUGCAUUAAACAUGGUUCAAUUAACCCCUGAACAGAGAAUAUUCGUAAUCAAAACGUUUUACGAAACAAGUACCUUGCAGCUGACUCGCGGUGCUUUUGGAUUGAUUGACUUUGCAUAAUUAAUGUAUUUUCAAUUCUCAACAGUGGAAGAAUGUGAUUUUGACCGAAAAUUUUUAUUUGCCGAGUAUAUGGCCAUUUCUCAUCGUUACGGUUUAAGAAAUAUAUCAUAGAAAAGCUAAAUAACAGCUCUUUCGUCCUAUGUAAAAAUUGAAUUGUUAAGUUAAGUUUGUGAUGCACAACAGCCUGUUGAAUUUUCGUAGCGUUUUUUUUUAGACACCCUGUACAAAUCCCUUAUUCACUGCGUACAAUCUCAGAUUUGGAAAAGACAGCUGUACCCAAAAAAUGGCGGCGUGAGAAAUGCUAAUUGCGUUUUACGCAAUUGAGCCUGCAUAAUUCACUUACAAAGAAAAUGCCAAUCGCGUUUAGCUGAAUAAAACGUUUUGUAUAUUGCAGUCAAAGAAAAGUAAGUCUGAGAAGAAAUCAAAAGAAAAGAAACAUAAACAUAAAAAGAAACCACGUGAUGAGCCUGAAGUGCAAGAGAUACAACCCGACGUUCCUGCUGAAGAACCUUCCAUGAUUAGUUUAGUUGAAGUAGAGCAAGAAGAAGAG